AUGGAUACUAGUAACCAUCCAAUUGCCUCGUAUGAUGAUUUAACUGCCAUUGGUAGUGGUAGUGGUGCCAAUGAAACUCCACAAAGUACUACCGGUACUUCUUCAACCAGUUCUGCAAAGGGAAGUCCAAAUAGACCCUCACCGGCUAAAUCAACAGUCACCGGGAAUCGAUUUCAAUGUCCUCAAUGUCCAAAGAAUUUUAGUAGGAUUGAAAAUUUAACUAGACAUCAAGCCAAUCAUGAUGAAGUUGGCAAAUUUGCUUGUCCAGUUUGUAGGAAAAGGUUCACGAGAAGUGACUUAUUAAGUCGCCAUCGUCGGAUACAUAACCAAAAUCAUGGUUCAGAUAAACGCGCUGGUAAUGCACGAUCCCACGUGAUGCCUCAAUCCGCCUCAGCUUCCCCAUCUGAACCCCAACCAAUUUCCAAUCUUGUCCAUCGUGAUGAGCUCUCUAUUCCAAUCAAUAAUGAUUUUGUAACUGCAUUACCUCCGAGUAUGCAAUGGCGUGGUGGCAAUCUCGAUAGCUUGCCACCAAUUCAAGAAGCAUUAUAUUCUGAUUCUCGCACACCUCCAACUCAAUCCCAAGGCCUUUCAAGUCUAGUUGAAGCUGCACUGGCACCACCUCCAGUUGAAAAUAGACUUCAAGUCUCGGGAAGCUUAAACCCCAACUCAUGGGAUGGUUUCAUGCUUUACAAUGAUAGCCCAAGUAUCUACAUGGGAUCAUAUGAUGCAGAUAUAUCCUGGACAUUGGACUGCUUCAGCCAAGAUUCUUGGAGCAAUAUGGAUCUGGACUUCGGUCUUUGUGGCUCAGAUUUUGUCAAGUCCGAUUCUCGAGGUCAAUCAAUUGACCUGGACGCUGAAGGGGAUGAGGAAGAUUGGCCGGAUAAAGUCAGUAGAUUAGAAAGUCCACCACGAUGGGGCCCGAAGCCUAUUCCCCGGCUAGGUCCAGAAUCAUGGCAUGCAACUUCCUAUGAAGCCAGAAGGAGCGGCUUCACGGCAGGUCCAAGCCAGCAGGUGAACGAUGUAUUAAGAUCAACGCUACUAGGCAUGUUACAAAUUGAAUUUCCUGCCGAAUCAGGUGAUGCGGUGUACGUCGAGAUAAAUGUCUCGACAUUUCCACCCUCAGAAGUACUGGACUUUUUCCUCCGGCUUUAUUUUCGCCAUGUACAUCCGCGAUUUCCUAUCACCCAUGUCCCAACCUUUGACAUUUUCGCCAGCUCUCCUCUUCUAGUUUUGUCGAUGAUGUUUCUGGGUUCAUGUUAUUCAAGGGCAGAUCGUGGCAGAUUCUUGCGACUAUUCCAUAAUCGAGCAAGGGUAGCGAGCAUGAGAUUACAUGAGAUCGAAGAGAAACACCUUCGGAUUCUUGACAACAUUUUUACAUUAUUUAACCUUUUACUCGCUGGGGCUUGGGGUGGAAGUAAGAAAAUGUAUGAAUUUGCUGAAGGUGUGAAGGGGAUUUUGAUAACAGCUGGUCGACGAGCUCGUUUGCUGGAUUGUAGGCCAAUAUCUAGAGUGCAGCUUGAUCCAAGCUCGCUACCCAGAAACUCACCACAAGAGAUUGAAUGGUUUUCGUGGAUAGAGACCGAGAAAAGAAAGCGGCUUGGGCUGUCGAUUUAUAUUUUCGACUGUCAAUACGCUACCUUGUUCAAUGUGCAACCGUCUAUCAGUAGGGCCGAAACCACAAAUUGCGUCUUUCCGUGCCCGGAACAGCAUUGGGAAGCGCCAUCGCCACAAGCCUGGAAGAUGCUCCUUGGUCCAGCCGACAUCCCACCUGCAACAUAUUACCUCCAUGCUUUGAAUGGUAUCCUUCUUCAUAAAUGGACUAAGCCUCCUCCACCUGUCAUCCCAACCACAGUCUUUGGGAAAACCCUCGUUCUUUAUGCAAUACAUACUCUGAUAUUUGACUGGCGUACAUCAGUCUCUAUGUUAAAUCCUACAGGAUUGAUGGGCACCAUGGGGAAUCACGCACUGGAUAUUGGUGCUGGGCUUCUGAGUAGAAGGAAAUGGUUAAUUGAUGCAUUAAAUUCGUGGAAUGAAUGCUACGGGGCAACUCCCGGAGAACUAUCUGUAGCUGGAAGGCUUCUCUGCGCGCUGGGACUUGUUAGUUUGGAUGUUAGUCUCAGUGACGUGCACUUGAUGGCAGGUCGAUCUUCAAGCCGCCAAGAUUGCGAUUUUGCGGCAAUUAACUUGAAAUAUUGGGCAAACUCAGACAUUGUGGGUGGUACAAUGAAAAAUGUGUAUGAAAUGCUCAAUUUAUCCGAAGAGUGCAUAAGAUUGAGGGAUAGGAGCGGAGGAGAUGGCAUACUAGGAACAAUCGGACUAGCCGGCGAGACAACGGAAGAAGCAAGCUAUGAGAUCGCGGUGUGUCUUUUCACGGGGGGGUUGGUUUGUUGGGUUUAUAAAGAGCUGAGGACGCGGCUGGAGGGUGCGGAGAGGGAGGAAGUUAAGGAAGCGAUUAGAAGGGCGGGGAGAGGUUUGAGAGGGCUUGGGUGCUGGAGGAUGGGGGAGAUGUUUGGGAAAAUUCUGGCAGGAUUUGAGGGUUGA